CAAACGCAAAAGAAGAGAAUACGGACAAUAUGCCCCCCCCCCCCCAAUUUCAUGAUUUUCUGCUUUUUACAAGCGUGUGUCACAUCAUCAUCAUGGCGUUUUGCAAGAAAUGGAUACCCCCACACCUUACUUACUUAGCCUUCACUUGUUGUUUCAACCCACUCACUACCUUAUUCCUGGUCUGUUUUUGGUUUGCUUGCUUGAUACCAGUUUCUCUGUGUAUACAUUCUCUCGCUUCGUCGUGGCUUACCCAUAUACCACCACGCCAUUUGUGAAGCAUUAGUGAUUCUGCAUGGGAAGACUGCUUCCGGUGUUUGAUAGAUAUAGAGAGACUAUUUUGUGAAUGAAAGCAGACCAGCGAAGUGAACAUAGG